AGCCCGGAGCUUUGAGGGACGGGCACCUGAACCGCCGGAAGGAGCGGUACUUCUCUGUUCAAGCUCUGCAAGAGAGCUUUGAGCUGCCAUGGAGCGUUCUGAGCCGGACCCUGCAGAUGACGACGUCAUGGACUCAUUCCUGGAAAAGUUCCAGAGCCAGCCCUACCGCCGCGGCUUCCACGAGGACAAGUGGGAGGAGGAAUUUGACAAGAUCCCCCUAUUCAUGAAGAAAGCACCAUCAGAAAUUGACCCCAAAGAGAAUCCCGACUUGGCUUGCCUUCAGUCAAUUAUUUUUGAUGAUGAGCGCUCUCCGGAAGAACAAGCCAAAACUUACAAAGAUGAGGGCAAUGACUACUUUAAAGAAAAAGACUAUAAGAAAGCUGUGAUUUCAUAUACUGAAGGAUUAAGGAAGAAAUGUGCAGAUCUUGAUUUGAAUGCUGUUCUCUAUACCAACCGGGCAGCAGCACAGUACUAUCAGGGCAAUUUUCGUUCUGCCCUCAAUGAUGUGCUGGCUGCCAGAAAGCUAAACCCGUGCCACUUGAAAGCCAUAAUAAGAGGUGCCCUGUGCCAUCUGGAACUGAAACACUUUGCUGAGGCUGUGAACUGGUGUGAUGAGGGGUUACAAAUAGAUGCCAAGGAGAAGAAACUUCUGGAAAUGAGGGCUAAAGCAGACAAGCUGAAGCGAAUGGAAGAGAGGGAUGUGAGGAAAGCAAAGUUGAAAGCAAAGAAGGAACAGAAUCAGAGCGAGACUUUACUCCAGGCCAUCAAGACUAGGAACAUUAAGCUUGUGGCUGAAGCUGUCAGUGUGGAUGAAGAUUCAAUCUUAGAUGGUCCAAGUCAGAUCUUCCUGGAUGGACUUAGCUCUGAGAACCCCUGUGGAGCCCGGCUAAGUCUAGAUGACCAGGGCAGGCUGAGCUGGCCUGUGCUGUUCCUGUACCCGGAGUAUGCCCAGUCUGACUUCAUCUCUGCUUUUCACGAGGACUCCAGGUUUAUUGAUCAUCUAGUGGUGAUGUUUAGUGAGGCACCCCCCUGGGACGUGGAGCGGAAAUACAGCUCUGAGCAUCUGGAGGUCUACUUCGAGGAUGAGGAUAGGGCAGAACUAUACCAGGUUCCACCCAACAGCACACUGCUGCAGGUGCUGCAGCACCCUAGGUACUCUGUGAAAGCGCUGACACCAGCAUUCCUGGUCUGUGUAGGAUCCUCUCCUUUUUGUAAGAAUUAUCUCCAGGGAAAAAAGGUACACAGGUAAAGUGGGAGCCAGGCCUUUGGGGUCUCUCCCUCAACUUCCUCUGCCUGCAGUCUAGCACAAUUGAAUUGGCUGGACAGACCUGGAGCUAGAGUGUGGCACUUUUUUUUCUAUCAGUGGUCCAUAGCCUCAUGCUGAGGGGGUUGAGCUGCUGGCCUCCUUGAACUUCAACCUGUCUGGCUAAGUACUGAGCUCCAUCUGGUCCUCACUCUCAUCAGUGGACUCUCAGCUCUACCCUGGUUGGAACAUCCUUGGAGUCCGUCUUUGAAGAAACCAUCUGCUACAGUUGUCACAUCAGCUGGCCUACGGAUCAACUUGGGAUGCAGUGACAGUUCUUAACCUUUGUGACAUACACAGAAGAUGCUUCUCCAAGACAGUAAAGCAACUCUGUGUAGUAUUCUAAGGCCUAAAGGCCGAGAGACUGGCCUUUAGUUAUUUCACCAGCAUCGAGGAGGCCUGUAAGUGGUGCCAUAGAUGCUUUGGGGUAAAUGGAGCCAGAAAAGCCAUAUCCUAUUUCUGCAUUUGUAAAGACUGCGCAUACUGGGGUCUUUGGAACCCCUCAAAAGUCUUCCAGUUCCCUGGCCUUCCAGUGCGAGAACUGCAUCAGACGUGGAUGGCAGCCCAAGUUCUUUGGCUUGAGUUAUACUUCCACCUCAGCCUCCUGAUUGCUGGAUUAUAUGUGUGCACCACUGUGCCUAGAGAGGGUUUUAUUCCUUUCCAUCUGGAAAGUCUUUGCCUGCCAUAGAUUAGGUUUUUGUCUUGAGCUGUUUGUUUUUCUCAUCCUGGAGGCUGUAUCCUUACCUGAAGCUCUGUGACUUCUGCAGUGCCCACCCCAUCUCUGAGGAGGAGCAUACUUGUGGAUGCUCACAAAAAGGGCUGUGAGCAGAUGUGACGUGUGCCUAUGUCCAGAUAGAGGUUUGAGGAGCCAAUGAGCAGGAGGUUGUAGGUAGGCUUAUAUUUUCUCUUUUCUGUGAGAGCCCAUUUCCCAAAUAGGGGUAUUCCUUUAGCCCGGGUGCCAGGAUGGUAAGACACGUGGAGCAGAGCUGAAACAGCUGGCCUGAAGACAUUGACUGUAAUGUGAAUGAGAAGCAUUUGCUGUAGUAAGUACUGAGAUUUGGGGGUUGUUACUAUAGCAAAGCUCACUAAUACAUCAUUAAACUGAAACCAGCUGUUGUCCUUCAAAUGGGCCAAUUUGGGGUUUUGUGUCAUGGGCUUCUUUGUUUCUGGAGGAGAAAUUGGCUGUGGAGUUUUUCAGGAGGCCAGUGUGGCUUUCUUUGCAGGUGCAGGUCCCUGCAAGUCCAGCCUCUUUUGUUGCCAUAGUUUCAGAAACACUAUGACCAUUCUCUCCUCAGCUAGAGCCUUCCCACUUGACUUCUUUUGUGAGAACCCAGAACUUUGUGUAAGGGGCCUGACAGCUUCAAUCCAGCAGGCAUUGCAGGUUCCUGGGAACAGCCAUCUGCAGUCACCUCACUGUCUGGAUGAGGCACAUUCCACUAUGCUUCUCGGUGCCUAAUUAGGGAUAAUGACCUGGCUCCUCAGGCAUGGUGAGACUGAGAUGAGAUGGGUGAGAGAAGUUGCAAAUUGAAAUGCACCUGGCAAGGUUCUUCUGGAACCUUCAUCCUUAGCACCCAUACCUUUCAUAAAGCUCAUGGCAGGCCAGGUGCUCAGCGAGCUGCUGUGCCUUUUCUCUAGUCCUUGACUAGAUUUGACAGGGGAAGGGGAAGAAAGGGGACCUGGAGUGGUGCUGUUAGGCCAGAGGUAGGAUCCCAGUGGCUGCUGCUUUGCUGAGAUGGUCAGGAACUGCUAAAACCUACCUGCGCUGUGAGAUUGCUGUGCAGAUCCUGCAUGUGAAGCCUCAGCCCACGUGUGACUUGUACUCAAUGAAUUGCUCUUCACUCAAGAGCAACCAGAGCGCGUCUACACAGACUGGUAGCACUGCGCCAGCGAGUCACCAUGGGUGAUUCUGUACCCCAGGUGACAUCAUAACCUGGUGGGUGCCACUGGCAUUAAGCGGGAGGAGGUAUGCCUCAGUUCCUUACUGUGCACAGGAUAGCACUCCACAAAAGGAAUUAUCUAGCCCAAAUUGUCAGUAAUGCAGCAGUAGUGAAAUGUUGCAGUAAACCAAAAGGGAAAAUAAGUGUUUGGGGGACAAGGUCCUGCUAUAUAGCCCAAGUCAGUCUUGAACUUCCUGUGUAGCCAUGGUCUUCCUGCCUCAGCCUCUGGGUGCUGGGAUUACAGACAUGUAUUAUGCCUAGCAAAGUAGGAACUUUAAUAAUCAGGCUAUGAAAAUUGAAAUAUCUUUACAUGAAUGUUCUGUAAAGCACUUUCUCAGCCUCUCCAGUGCUAAUGGCAGGAGUGCACAGGGGGGCCUUUCCACUGGUAGCCUCCUGGUCAUUACGCCUUUAAGUUAGUAGUGCUUAGAGACAGGAAAGGAAUGGGUCUUUGGGCUGAUGGGAAGUGGGGCCCAAGCUGGCCCCACUGUGGGUCACAUGACAUUCCUUCUGAGCUGUGAGAUGGAGAGGGGUAGUGGAGAAAUGAAUGAUUGCCAUGUUGUCUGAUUCUGUGGGAAGCAGGAGCCUGGCCCCUUCAGGUCAAGACUUGGUAGGCAAACCUUGCAGAAUAUAGGCCAGAGGCAGUAGGAUCUGUGAGAGAAGCCUUUGUGGCUAGAAAAAGGCCCACCAUGAAUCCUGGGUUGAGACAGUGUCAGCCACCUCACUGGCCUUAAGUUGGAUGGGAGCAGUUUACUUAGUAUGGCUAUGUAACCCACAGCAUCUCUACCACAAGAUAGACCCUGCCUCUUGAGGUGAUAAGAGAGUUGAAGAUCCUUAAGGCCCUUGCAGUACAGACUCCAGGCCUAAGAGCCUUGAAUAUACAUCUCAGGGCUCUCAGCCAUGUGGUACUUCCUGUCAGUAGGGGCCAGAGCUUGGAGAAGUGUAUGGCUAGGUAGUGCAGGCUCAGCUCGUUGUGGCCACAAAGCAGGAUUGCAGAGGGAUGAGUGGUGUUGGGGUGAGCAGCUGCAGUGAGUUUGGUAGCUGACCCUGUAAUACUGCAGUACAUCUGUGUGGCCAGAUGCCCAGCAGGUGAGGACUCAGCAGUUGAGCACUUGGCUGCAGGGGCCAUUAAGGGAUUUGUCCAAGUGGCCAGUGCCUGAUAUGGCACUCUGUGGGUGGGAAGGCACUGAUAGCUGUACUGAGUGUGUGGAUGGAAGGAACAAAACAAGCCAGAGUUGGUUUUCAGAUCCCACUCCGAAGCCUCCCUAGUCCUGGACACAGUUCAGCUAUGCAGCAGGUGGUGCAGGAGCCAAGGGUCUCUGCUUCGGAGCCAGGCUGCCUCCAUCCUGGUUCCAGCCCCACACUCCCUUGUGUGAGGCCUUGAGUACUCUCCCUGUUCUUGUUGUUCAGUUUCCUUCUCUGAAACAUGGGCAAGAUAAGAGCACCUACUUCAUGCAGGUGCUUUGAGGACUGAGCAAGUUAUCUGUAUGGAGCCCUUGGAACAGAGCUUGCCUCGUGGUGUCUGCUCUGACUUUAUUCCCUACCUUACCAGGCCCUCAGCUUUGGACUUUUGCUUUGUAUAUUCUGUUCCCUGGACUAUUCUUCCUCAUCUGUUUCCUGCCCUUUUACCUACAACAGCUCCUCCUGUCACUAAUGGCUAGUCUUCAAUUGUCCUACUGCCUCUUUCAGGCAGUCCUCCCUGGCUCCUUACCUAUGUGUUCUGUGGCUCCACACCAUCACUGCCCUUGGCACACUGCACAUUAACUACUUACUCGAUAGUUCACCCUACUUUGCUGUAAAAUGCACCAAGGACCCUGAGCCACACUUUUGUACUGCCAGAGCCUAGCACUGCACUUGUUCAGCACCUCAAAAGCUUGUAAGUAAUUAGAGGCUUGUGGCCUUGAGAAGAGGAACUCAUUCUAAACAGAUGAGAGAUAAAAGCCAGCACCCAUGGUGGACUCAGGCCAUUAAGUUGAAGGAGUGAGGUGAGUGACCCCCAAGCAAAGCCACAGAGCCUUGAGAGAGCAAAUGCUGGUCUGGCUAAGAAGCAUAGGCAGCUGCCUGCUGAGUUUCUGGGCCAGGCUAGCAGCAUUCUAGUGCCGGUUCCCUAACCCUUCCACACCUCUAGGCAGCAGGUACUGUAUAAAGGUGGCAUGGAGCUUAAGCAGCCUGCCCAAAGUCAGCUAGCCAGUGAAAAGUAGAGCAGGACUUGAAUUCAAGACCCUCCAUAUUCCUUCAGAGAAAGGAUUGCCAAUUCAGGGCCCUGCUUCCUAGUUUGCUGUGGGCCCAGAUGCCUCUGUAACACUCCCAAGCUUCUGGUAGAGCAUCAGCAGUCACAGGUGCAACAUUCCACCUGUCUACUUGCUUAAACGAUUAUCUGCUGCCUUCAGAAACCCACAACCCAUAGCCAAAUCCCCGUAGCACCAGAACUCCAUCAGUGGGGCUCUGGUCAGUCUCUCAGUCUUCUGUCUCCCUCCCUCUCCCUCUCUUCCUCCCUCUCUCCCUCUCCCUCCCUCUCCCUCCUUCCCUUUCUCUCCUUUAGUACCAGAUUUAUUAGCUCAUAGUUCACAGUUCUAUAGGUCAGAAAUGUGCCUUGACUCAGCUGUUUUCCUCUGCUCCAGGAUUUAUGAGGUGAAGUCAAAUUGUUGACCAUCUGGGCUCUGAUCGGGAGGUCCUGAGACCUUCCAGGCUUGUUCGGGUUGUCUGUGCAUAUAGAACUGAGGUCCUGCUUGCCUUACUAACACUCAGCUGGAGCUGUCUUUUAGCUUCCAGAGCCUCUGUGGUCCUUGCACAUGGGCCUCUACAUUUACAUGCUCAAUGAAGAGCUUAUGCUUGGAAUCCCUCUUGGCCUCUAUGUCAUCUUUUGAACUCCAGCCAAAGUUCUCUGCUUUUAAGGGUCUAUGUGAUUAGACUGUGCAUACCUAGAUAAUCUUUCUGUUGAAAUAUAUUCUAAAAAUAUUUUUAAAAAUUUAAAUUGACACAUAAUUGACAUUCUUGAGGGGGUAGUGUGACAUUUUGGUACAUGCAUAUAAUGUGUAGUGAUCAGGAUAUUUGCAUAUAUAUUACCUCAGACAUACAUCAUUUCUUUGUGUUGCAAACAUUGAAAAUACUAUUUUGAAAUAUUUAACUAUUAUCAACCAUAGUUGUCCUACUGUACUAUUAGACGUUAUUCCUCCUAUUCAACUGCACCUGUGUAUCGGUCAACCAUCCUUUCCCCAUCCUCCCCACCCUGGCACCUUUUCCAGACUCUGAUAACCACUAUCCUGUUCUUUACUCCUUUGAAAUCUUUUUACUUCCACAUAAAGUGACAAUGUGCA